AUGAUAUUACGAAUGACAUGCCAAUAGGAACAUUAAAUUGGCAGAGAAUUUUUAAUAAUCAUUGUAAUAUUUCAGAGAUAAUAAAAUAAUAAUAAAUAAAUUACACUAAUAUUUAUAAACAACAUCGAAAAAACUAAUAGAUUUAUGAAUCUAACAAUUGAUAAAUUAAGUAUACUGACGAGAUUGAUGACUUUUUAACUAUUUAUUAAAUAAGGAUAUUAAAAGUGUUUAGGCUAAAAAUACUUAAAAGCCAAUCAAAGUAGAUGCCUUUUAAAUUUUUGAAGGCAAAUAUAAUGUCAGUCUCCAUGAAUAUAAAUUAAAUGACUAAAAAAAAACCCAGAAAAAAUUGAAUUAAUAUAAUUUUUUUAUAAAAUAAUAAGAUAUUUUAUUGUUCUAAAAAAUACUAUUACUUUACAUGAUGUUUUAUAUGGAAAUUAAUAUAUAGAAUUAGAAAUUGCAAUAGAUCGACUUGUGAUAAUGGAUUUUAAUAGCGAAGAUGUUUUAAGUGCCAAGGGUUUGUAAGUAGAAGAAUUCAUCAAUCAUAUAUAUUUAGAUUUAUUAACAAAAAUUUCUAAAUAUUCACAAGUCCCUUGA